AUCACUCGCCGCCGAUUAUUUGUUUGCCGGCGAUACAUCGCUCCGGCGUCAAGCUUCGCCGGAGAAGUUUCGAGGGCUUGAAGAUUUGAUUCUACCCGAUCGUGUACGAGAAAUGGUUUCCACAUUGCAGCCGCCACGCAACUUCUCCCUCCUCCGUCUCCGCCUCAUCCACUCCAGACCCAUUGUCUCCGUCGCUGCCGCCCCCGCUGCUUCAUCUCUGCCGGAGUCUCAGAUCCUCAGUACCCGCCGUUCCCUCCUCACCGGAGAGGUUACCGCCGUCGAACUUGCGAAGUCUUACCUUUCCCGCCUCCGUCUCACCGAACCGCACCUCAAGUCCUUCCUCCACGUGUCGGAGAAUGUCCUGAAGGAGGCAGACGAGAUCGACAAGCGAAUUUCCAAAGGUGAGGAUGUGGGUCCUCUCGCAGGAGUUCUUGUCGGCGUCAAGGAUAAUAUCUGCACGACGGGUAUGCCUUCUACUGCGGCCUCUCGCAUCCUCGAGCACUAUCACCCACCGUUCGAUGCGACGGCGGUCAGGAAGUUCAAAGAGCUUGGAGGGAUUGUGGUUGGAAAAACCAAUUUAGACGAAUUCGGAAUGGGUGGCACAACUGAAACUUCUGCUUUCCAGGUGACUAGGAACCCGUGGGAUGUAACCCGUGUACCAGGAGGGUCUUCGGGGGGCUCAGCGGCAGCUGUUGCAGCCAGGCAAUGUAUGGUGGCUCUUGGAAGUGACACUGGUGGUAGUGUGAGGCAGCCAGCAUCGUUCUGUGGCGUUGUUGGUCUUAAGCCAACAUAUGGGCGUGUCUCAAGAUUUGGUCUUAUGGCUCAUGCCUCUUCUCUGGAUGUAAUUGGGUGCCUUGGUUCUACUGUUGCUGAUGCUGGAAUUCUUCUUCAUGCCAUCUCUGGUCAUGAUAGAUUCGACCCUACUAGUAGCAAACAGGAGGUGCCUGAUUUUCCGUCUCUGUUUCCUUCUUUAGACUCUUUUGAAUCUAAACCACUGAAGGGAGUGAAAGUUGGUCUGAUUCGCGAGACUCUUGAAGUUGGUGUUGAUCCCGGAGUGAAAUCUGUAACUCAGGAAGCUGCAUCAUACUUAGAAGCCUUGGGUUGUGAUUUGACAGAGGUGUCAAUGCCCGCAUUUUCUCUUGGAUGGCCAGCCUAUUAUGUGAUUGCCUCAUCGGAAUCCUCCUCCAACAUAGCACGUUAUGAUGGCCUCAGAUAUGGGAAUCAAGCUACUGCUGAUGAGCUAAACAAAGUGUAUGAAGAUUCCCGGGGUAAAGGAUUUGGCUGGGAGGUGAAAAUGAGACUUUUAAUGGGAACAUAUGCCCUGUCGGAGGGUUACUAUGAUGCCUACUACAAGCGAGCUCAAAAGGUGAGGACAUUGAUCCAGAAAGACUUCAAGGCAGCGCUAGAUCAUAACGACAUCCUUAUCUCUCCAGCAGCUCCUUCUGCAGCAUUCAAGAUCGGUGAAAAGAGAGAUGAUCCAUUAGAAAUGUACGCUGGAGACAUUAUGACGGUCAAUGUAAACUUGGCGGGGGUUCCUGCAAUAGUUCUACCCUGUGGAUUAGUAGAGGGAGGACCUUCAGGUCUUCCUGUUGGCCUUCAAAUGAUCGGUUCAGCCUUCGAUGAGGCAAAACUGCUCAAAGUGGCCCAUAUAUUUGAGCAGACACUUAAAGGUUCCAGCUUUGUUCCUCCACUCCACUGUUAGCCGAUGUUGCCUGAGCAUAUACCCUCCUCUCCGGACAAGACAAAUCAGCUUGGUCAUAUGACCGGAUCGUAUACAAACUCAUUCUUUUUAGAAUACAUUCACAUUCAACUAAAUAUAUAUAUAUAUAUAUAUAUACAUAUAUAUAUGUUAAAAUGGUCGACGUGUAAUAAUUUGAUCAAUAAAAAGAAUAUUGCAAUUGAUGGUUAUUACUAA